AUGACACAAGUUGAUGAUUGUAGUUCUGAUGAUAGUUAUAGUACAGUUAGUAGCACAGUAUCAAGAAGUACAACCAUAAAUGAAGAGAGAAUAUAUAGAGUUGCAUGUUUAGGAACACCAGGAUGUGGUAAAUCUCAAUUACUUUUCACAUAUUGUAGUGGAUUCCCUCUAAACUGGGUUAAAGAGAUCUUUGAUAACUAUCACAAAAAAGUAUUGAUAAAUAACUCCAAAAAUAUUCACUUGGAAAUAUCUGAAACAAACUCAAUCGAGGAAUUAGAAUCUAUAAAAGGUGAUAAUGGUUUAAAUCAUAUAGAUUGUUUUUUAAUCUGUUUUUCAAUCACCAAUAGAAAAUCAUUUGAAAGUUGUUAUUCACUAUGGUAUCAAGAAUUAAUUAAAAAUAAUUUAGCAAAUACAAAAAGUUCAACACCAAUCAUAUUAAUAGGAACUAAAAAUGAUCUAAGAAAUACAAUUAAUAAUAAAAAUGAAAACUACUAUUCAAAUAAUGAAAGCUAUAUUGAAGAUCCCUGUAAUGAUGGUAAACCUUAUGUUUCAUAUGAUGAAGGUUUAGAAAUGUCAAAAAAAAUAGGCGCCGCACAUUUCUUUGAAAUCUCCUCUCUAUUGAAUAAAACAGGUUCUAUUGAAGAUUUAUUCAAUAAAAUAGCUGUUGUAGUGUAUAAUAAAAAUAAAAGUAAAAAUAAAAAAAAGAAAAGUGGUUGUAUAAUCAAUUAG